ACUUCCUCCCUCUUCUUGAAGAAACUGGGGCAUAAGGAGAAAGGCUAGCAUGAGGCCUUCCCUCUUAGGUUCAAGGUGGAGGGGCCUGGCCCUUCCAUUUAUAGUCAGUGAGGGAGGGAGAUGAGGAGGGCUGGGAUGGAACUAAGGUUGCUGCACUUUGUGUUUGCUCUACUCUUACAAGUCCUAAACCAUCCGUUUCUCAUCCCCGUUAACAGAGACCUGGCACCACUUCUAGGAUGUCCCACAUUUAAGCAACUCUCACUGUCCCCUGAAAGAGAACCAGCAGCUGGGUAUAGGCCCUCCCAAGUCCCAUGCCCUCUGCCAGCCUUGGUGGACUCUGCCCUGCUGUAAGAUUGCAUCAACCCCACCGCCCCCACCUCUCUGGGUUUCCCCAGACAUCACAGUAACAUGCCAACCCCCUGCCCCUGCCCUCUUCCACGUGUGCUCCAGUCCAACUGGACUCUGGGCAGCCAGCACAGGCAGGGUCAGGGAGUGACUUCUGUGUCCCAUGGCACUGCCACCUGGGCCUGGGCAAAAGGACUCUGCUCCCCCCGCCCCCACCUGCCAACCUCUUGCCCCUGUACCAGGCCCAUUGCUAAAAAUAGAAACCAGAGGUGUCCUUCUAGCCCAGAGACCCCAGGGAAAUAACCACUGGAACUCGCAGCUGCAUCAUAGCAACUGCUGCAGCAGAGGCCAAAGAGCGAGCUAGAAAGGCCGAAGGGAUGCGGGGAAAUUGCCCUUCCCCACCUUGCUAUAUGGAGUUCCCUCCCCCAAGCCCCAGACCUUGAGGGCUGACCAUGUGAAAUCAUCCUCUUUCUUGCAUCAUGCAUGUCCACAUUGCCCCCACCCAUACCCCCACCUCAAGCUCAGUGACCAGGGCCAGAUGGUGAAACCUGAGCUCCAGGGGAGGGGGGACAUCCACCCCCUGCAGGGGCUUGAUGGGCAGCAGAGCUGGCCAAUCUGGUGCUCAGAAGGUAGGUCUGCCGGCUGACCACAAGGUGAGGGAGCCCCAGGCUGCAGGCUCUAAAGAGGCCCCAGUCAGUAGCCAGACAUGAGCUGUGAGGGUCAAAUUGGCAGACUGUGCUAAACACAGCUACCCAUCAGACCGUCCACUUUCUACCAGGCAGCAGAAGACAGGUGGCUCUACCCAGGCUGAGGGUAGGUGUGGCACUGCUGUCUGGCGCUGCUGUGCCCUCUUUGGCCUCCGUGCAGUCAGACUCAACAGCAGGAGCAACUGCCAUCCGAGGCUCCCGUUUCGACCCAGGGCCAUUCACCAGGAACAUGGGGCUCCCUCAUGUCCAGCUCCGGCUGGUGCUGCUGUGGGCACUGGCGUGGGCACAGGAGACAAGGUCUGUGUGUCCCUCCUGUGGGGGCCCCACCCUGGCACCCCAAGCAGAACGAGCUCUGGUCCUAGAGCUGGCCAAGCAGCAAAUCCUGGAGGGGCUGCACCUGACCGGUCGUCCCAGGAUAACUAACCCUCCACCCCAGGCAGCACUGAGCAGAGCUAUCCAGAGACUGCAGCAGGGAAGUGUGGCUUCGCCGGAAGGGGAGGAGGUCAUCAGCUUUGCUACCACCACAGACUCCUCCACUUCAACCUGCAGCUCCAUGCUCACCUUCCACCUGUCCACUCCUCGGUCCCACCAGCUGUUCCACGCGCGCCUAUGGCUUCAUGUACUCCCCACCCUUCCUGGCACCCUUCACUUGAAGAUCUUUCGAUGGGGCACAAGGAGGAGGCACAGAGGGUCCGGCACCUUCCUGGCUGAGCACCACAUUACCAGCCCUGGCUGGCAUGCCCUGACUCUGCCCUCUAGUGGCUUGAGGGGUGAGGAGUCUCAUGUCCUGAGGCUCCAACUGGACUGCAGUCCCCUAGAAGGCAACAGCACAGCUGCCGGACAAGCUCAGCGCCUCCUGGACACAGAGGGAAACCAGCGGCCCUUCCUGGAGCUUAAGACCCGUCCCAAUGAGCAGGGAGCAGGCCGAGUCAGGAGGAGGACCCCCACCUGUGAACCUGAGACCCCCUUAUGUUGUCGGCGAGACCAUUAUGUAGACUUCCAGGAACUGGGAUGGAGGGACUGGAUCCUGCAGCCUGAGGGGUACCAGCUGAAUUACUGCAGUGGGCAGUGCCCCUCCCACCUGGCUGGCAGCCCGGGCAUUGCUGCCUCCUUCCAUUCUGCUGUCUUCAGCCUCCUCAAGGCCAACAACCCUUGGCCCUUGGGUACCUCCUGCUGUGUCCCUACUGCCCGGAGGCCUCUCUCUCUCCUCUACCUGAACCGCGAUGGUAAUGUGGUCAAGACAGAUGUGCCAGAUAUGGUGGUGGAGGCCUGUGGCUGCAGCUAGCAAGAGGAUCUGGGGGUUGAAGUAAAGAUAUCAAGUUGGGGGUUCCCAGGCAAAGGGCAUCCAUCUGUGGCUGGAGGCAUCAGAUUCCCAUUCUGCACCCCACCCAAUGGGCCACCUGGCAGUAUGACUGAGUUGACCUCUCUGGGACCCAAAUGGACACUUUCCUAGCCAGACGCUGGUCUAUUCCAGGCUGGUUGAUGUGUGGGGAGCUGGGGAUAGUGUGUCCUCUGAAGGAACCUACCCAGAAAGCAUGAUUUCCUGCCCUAUGAGAAAAUAGCAGCGGCAAGGGAGGGAGGGGGGGAAGGAGGGAGGGGAGAAGCAGGCAGAGAAAAUGACUUCGUCUCUCCCGAGAAGAGAAUGUCCUCAAGUGAGAGCAGAAAGAAGCAGACCGAGGGUCCAGCAGACUUGGGGCAGGGGAAACAGGCUGGCCAGGGGUCGGACUGUGGAAGUGCUUUAAGGGAGGGUCAAGAAGGAGAUGGGCAAGGGCUGAGGAAGGUGUGUUCAGCAGAGCCCCAGGAAUGGGCCUCAGGAGAAGAGAGUGCUGAGCCUGAGAAGUUCCUUGGCUUUUCCCAGUGAGAGGCAGGACCCACUGGGGAAAAAACAUUUAUACUUUCCUAGUGAAAAUGAAGAAGAAAAAUCAACCAGUGUGAGUCAUAAAGGGCUGGGGUGAUGGUCCAGAGCAAUGGUUCUCAAGGUGUGGUCUGGGGACCCCUGGGAGGUUCCUGCGACCCUUUCAGGGGUGUCCACAGGGUCACAGCUAUUUUCAUCAUAAUACUAAGAUGUUUGCCUUUUUAUUUUCAUUAUUUCAAAAGCAUUCAGUGUUUUCCAGAGGCUGGUGACAUGCGAUUACGUCAUCUUUCUGACAUUGUUAAUGGGAUGUGUGCUUGUGUAUUCUUGUGUUACAAACUUUUUUCAGUUUUAAUUUCUAAUAUGGUAAAUUGAUACAAACCACAUAAACAACAG